AUGGGCCACGUGGUCUACGUCAGAGUCACUCUGGGAAGCCCUCAGGGUGAGUGGCAUUUCAAAGGAUUAGCAGUCGUGCCCCAGCAGCCAGCUAGCGGGCUGGAUGAGUGCUCCUCGGUUCCCAUCUACUCCUUCUUCACCUCUAUAGCAGCUGCUGUAAGGAACCACUGGCCAGAAGGCAGCACUGAGCCCCACGCAGCAAACGUCACCUUUGAUCAGAAUCCAGCGGACUUUUCCACAUUGGCCUCCGAGGAGGGGGUGAAGGUUCAGACCCCCGACCAGAGCCACGCUCCUUCAGAUGCUCCAGAAAACUUCACUCUGCACACUGAGACAGCAGCUGCUGGAGGAUCAAACCCCUCCCGGAGGAGAACAAAGGUCCCCACUGCCCCUGCUGGGCCCGAGCGAGCAACGGCUCUGACUUCCUCGAGCAGCACCUCAGCCUUGGGAAGGCUUCCUCUGCCAGCCAGCAGCCCAGGGUCAGAAGGCAGAGGUGCCCCUUCUCACCCAGAGAACAGACCCUCCUGGGGUUCCCCAGUGAGGGAGAAGGGGCUCCCCAAAGAAGUGACCGUGCGGACCCCUGUGGCCACUUCAGUUUUGAGCCAGUCCUCUCGUUCUGCGUUGGAGAUGGGAGAAGAGGCCUCACUCUCCAGGAAGGGAAAUUUCCCGGAGCCAGAGCCGUCUUGGCUGCUGUUCUCCAGGACCUCAGCUUCCUCCCCGCCCUCAGGCCACUCCACAGCUUCUGGAAGUAUGGAAAAGCUAAACAACUCCACUGCUCCUCAAAGCCCCUCGGUCAGCUGGGCAAAGAGUGUGCAGGUUGCCACGACGUUCCCCAGUGGUGUCCCAAGGGUGACCCAGUCUGUAGCUGUCAGUGCAGGACAGCUGAACGAGAGAGAAGGUUUCUCUGAGGACGCUGAAGUUGCCCCAACGUCAGCUUCAGUUCAUUCUUCACCAUCUGAGGCAGAAUUGAGGAGAAACACCGGAAUAACCAGGAGUCUAGGGAAUGGGAAAUUCAGUGAGUCAUCCACAGAAAAUGGAUUUGGCCUUACAUCUUCUGAGGUCGCAGUGAGAUUUUGGCAAAAUGAUUCCCCAGUCCCGGAAGGACCCCAGCAGGCCAGCGGCUCUGAUAAGAAGAAUGGGAGCCCCGUGUCUCGGACCGAGUCUGUGGCUGGGUCAGUCCCGUUGGGUGAAGCUGGAGAGAGCACUGCACACUGGAUCUUGACCAACAGCAAGACAUUUGAAGAUGUGACAGGAAGCUCUACUUCCUACCCUGGAGUUGUGAACUCUUCCGUUCUGACCCAGUUCUCAGCCUCUGUCCCACAGCCGAGGGGAAGUGACACCCUGCUGCGGGGAGGGAGCGACGCCGAGCUGGCCACCGAGCCUUCGUCUUCCUCCUCCUCAGAAAGCCUGGAGUCCUCAGCACCACGCGGUGAACGCUCAACCACUGAAGAUAGUCCUGAGCUGGAAGUCAGUGCCAACACACAGGAAGGGUCCGAGGGAACACCCAGAGCCCGCGCUCACAGCCCCCACACUUCAGCCACCUUCACUGGAAACGGGGAGCGCACACUGCGAUCUGUCACCAACCGGACUUCCGGGGAUGAGGGGAGCUCCCAGACCGCACCCCGAGAAGCAGAGAGCGCCACUCCACAUGGGAACGUGACCGCGGCCGUCACUGGAAUUAUCUACCAUCCGGCGGGCGGCACAGACACCGAACGGAGGCCUCCCAGCCACCACACAGACCACACCUACGUCUCCUCCACUUUCACUAAAGGGGAGCGAGCACUGCUGUCCAUCACAGACAACAGCUCAGCCCCGGACGUGAGGGAGAGCUCGACCUCUUCUGUGAAGAUCUCAAACUCUUCACGUUCGGACGAUCCUCCCUCUUCUCAGGUUCAGACGGAAAAAAGUAACGUCUCCUCCUACGGAGGGGCUCCUCCUGCCACUGAGUCACUGGGCCUGCGUCCAGCCCACCUCCCAUUCUACACCCCGACCGUGAAUACGUCGGGCACCUUGGACCUCCUGGGCACACGAACUGGAUCCGUCAGUGACUCGUCCCCUUCGUCGGGGCCCCCGCUGCCCCCACCCUCAGUGUCACAGCCCCACCAGCCCCUCUCCUCCACCUUAUCAUCCACCGGGGCCUCCGCUCACCCACUGGAGUCCACGCCCGACGCGCCCACACCUCUGCCUUCCUCACCACCCCCUUCGCCCGUAUCCCUGACAGUCCCUGCCCCUGUCUCAGUGUCUGUGUCCCAGGCAACCCUUUCGCCUUCAUCUCUUACUGACACUCCCGCCAGGGCCAGGGACACUCCCAUGAUGCCAGUUCGGACGGCAACAGUGGCAUCAUCGGUGCCAAUGCUCUCCCGCAGUCAAACAGCAGAUCCUAAGAAUCAGAGCAACCCACACCACGAACACGUGGCCACCGAAUCAAAGCCCCCGAGCUGGGAGUCUCUGCCCACAGAGGCCACCGGAGCUGAAACCGUGAGCUCUGCUUCGGGGAUCCCCGUGGCCCCCGCUUUAACAGAGUCCUCCACGGAGCCAACCCUUCCAGCCACAAGCACCCGCUUGGCCCGGACGCCGCCAGCGGUGACAGCCACCACUCCCAAGACGCCCCCUCCCCCCGUGCCCACGCCCGGCCCCUCCUCAAGCACAGCCACUCCGAUGGCUGGCCCCGCCGCAGUGCAGACCACAGCUGGGAAACGGUUCUUGCCGACCAGCCCUGAAAUGCCAGCGCCACGGAUCUCCACAGAAGUCGUCGUUACCACUAAAAGGAGCCGAGCGCCUGUCGGUGACACCACCCGAUGGAGCUCCCUGACCAGUGCACCCACAUCAGCAACAGUACUGACCACGGAGCCGGGCGUUUCCGAAGGGGACAGCCCGGCUCCCCCUUUCCUCAGGACGACUCCCUCUCCCAGGAGCACAGACGCUUCUCCGGCCGAAGUGUCGUCUCCCCCGGCCACCACCUCCCAUGCUCAGAGCGGCACGCAGUCACCCCCGGCGCGGUCGUCUCCAGCCUCAGUGAACAGCUGCGCCCCGAACCCUUGCCUCCACGAUGGGAAAUGCGUUGUGGACCCCGCCCGCCGUGGCCAUCGAUGCGUGUGCUCACCUUCCUGGCAAGGGGAAGACUGCGGUGUGGAUGUGAAUGAGUGCCUCUCCACCCCCUGCCCGCCCCUGGCCGUGUGCAACAAUACUCAGGGAUCCUUCACCUGCAAAUGCCCCAUUGGGUACCAGCUGGAAAAAGGAAUAUGCAAUUUGGUUAGAACCUUUGUGACAGAGUUUAAAUUGAAGAAAACGUUUCCUAAUUCCACCGUGGAGAAACCUUCAGACCUACAUGAAGUUGAAAGUGAGGUCACCAAAACGCUGAAUAUGUGUUUUUCAAUGUUCCCUGGUUAUACCCGAUCCACAGUUCGUGCUUCAGGAGAGUCCGGCGCCGUGGUCCUGUCGCUGCAGACCACCUUCUCCCUGGCCUCCAACGUGACGCUGUUUGACCUGGCCGACGGGAUGCAGAGGUGUGCCAACUCCUGCAGGUCCUCUGCUGAGGUCUGCCAGCUCUUGGGAUCGCAGAGGCGCAUCUUUAGAGCGGGCAGCUUGUGCAAGCGGAAGACCCCGGAAUGUGACAAGGAGACCUCCGUCUGCACGGACCUGGACGGGGUGGCGCUGUGCCAGUGCAAGUCGGGCUACUUCCAGUUCAACAAGAUGGACCACUCCUGCCGAGCGUGUGAAGACGGAUACAGGCUUGAAAACGAAACCUGCAUGAGUUGCCCAUUUGGCCUUGGUGGUCUCAACUGCGGAAACCCCUAUCAGCUUAUCACCGUGGUGAUUGCAGCAGCAGGAGGCGGGCUUCUGCUGAUCCUUGGCAUUGCACUGAUUGUCACCUGCUGCCGAAAGAAUAAAAAUGACAUAAGCAAACUCAUCUUCAAAAGUGGAGAUUUCCAGAUGUCCCCAUACGCUGAAUACCCCAAGAACCCUCGCUCGCAGGAAUGGGGCCGAGAAGCUAUUGAGAUGCAUGAGAACGGAAGCACCAAAAACCUCCUCCAGAUGACGGACGUGUAUUACUCGCCCACAAGCGUAAGGAAUCCUGAACUUGAACGAAAUGGACUCUACCCGGCCUACACUGGAUUGCCGGGCUCCCGGCAUUCUUGCAUUUUCCCGGGACAGUACAACCCGUCUUUCAUCAGCGAUGAGAGCAGGAGAAGAGACUACUUUUAAGUGAGAAGAGAGAGGAGCCCAUUGCUCUGAGCGAGUGGCUGGGCCGGCUGUUGCUCAGAGGACUGCACGGGGCCUGCAGGUGCUGCUCCCAGGACUGUGAGCCGCACUGGAGCCGCAGGCAGGAAGUGGGACGGGUGUGAGGGGCAUGGCCACAGUGGAAGGCCGCUCACUUGUUACUGUGAAUGUGCACAUGGCCAGUACCAGGAGGUCUCAGCGCGACCGCGGCUCGGCCACUGGCUGCAGGGAUGACGCCGGCCAGGGCAGCUCAUUGGGCACCACUGCAAGCACCGGGGUCUCCUUAGUUUGCACUUUAGUAAAUUGGGUAGGGGGGUCUCCUUUGGGGUUUUUUCCCAAGACUCCCAGAAAGAAGGCCUCGUUUCCCCAGAUUUUUCCAUGGGCCUCGAUUUGGUGAUUAAUUUAUAGCAAAAUACUGGCUCGUUAGUUGCUUUCCUGCCCAGCACCGUGUGCUAAACAACAGGUGCUGGUGAUGAACAUACCACUAAGGUCUGGAGAUGCUGUAGGCUAUUGUACAAUAUUUUAAUAUGUUUCCAGGUCUUCUUGUGCUGCAGUCUCCAAGCCAACCCCCAGAAUGAGAAAUGGAAAUGUGUGCGGCCCAGCCCACCACGCCAGUUUGGUUUUUUAGUCAAGGUGGCACCUAGAGUGAAGGUUACUUCUUCCCUUUGCAGUGAAAGCUCACUUUUUCAAACAAGCUGGGCCGGGGCAAAAUGACUUCCAUUUGGUUUUAGUUAGAGGCACACAGCUGCCCUGCAGAGAGGCCCAGCGAGCCCCAGCCGGGCAGGGGCUGAGCGGAGGCCCGAGGAAGAGCGAGAGGUGCAGGCGGUGGGGUGCUCUUCAUCCCUGUGCACAUGGCGUGGUGCCUGGGUGUCAGACCUUCGUCCUUGAGGCCGAGGCUGCUCCAUGUGGAGUGGAAAUGCUAAGCUGAAUGCCGGUUGGGUGUGAGCUGGCAUUUCACCACUAAAGGAAAAACAGCGUGUGUAGUCUCGACAGCUGACGGUGGUUAGAGCAAUGGGCUGAACGGGCCAGUCCGUCGCCUGAAACCCCAGUGCUGUGGGAAGCCGGGCAGAUUCCUGCGGAAGGAGAGCGAGCUGGGAUGGAGCCACAUGUAAGUCUGCUCACCUCCGAUGCUGCACCUUUAACUGUUUCCCCGAUCUCACCCACAAACUCGGUAUAAACUUUCAGCCCACUGCUCAGAACUAUUUAUUCACCGAAGAAGUAACUUAUUUUCGCUCACCCAAUGAUUUGCACUCUUUGUACUACUAUAUAGUUUCCUCCAGAAACACGGCCCUAAUUCAGGUCAGCAUUGGAGAACGAAAGACUCUGGGAAGACAGGGGUGAGAGUCGGCCUCUGGGAGGGAACGUCGCGCGUCUUAUUUACCAUGCCCGUGGCGUGGGGCCUGCGAGGGGCGUGUCCAGUGCUGUCUCUAACUGCUCCUUGUGGGGCUGCGAUGAUUCUGCUUUGACACAUCCUAGGUUUGGGUGAGGUGGAGAACACAGAGGUAAAGAACUGGUCCCACCCGGAAGCUCAGAGCUCAGUGGAACCCAUAGUGGGGACAGUUCUGUGCUGGGGGCUGUUUCUUUAAGGUUCUCUAACCCCUUCAGAUGUAUCUAACCCUCACUCUUCUGCAGUCCUCAGCCUAACAGUGUUAAGUGCAAACUCCUGUGCCCCGUGGUCUCCAUGCGUCCUCACCCUCCCUGCAGCAGCAGGAGCCAGGAGCGCCAGCCGGGUGUGCGGCCUCAGGUAGUUAAAUUGCACUCCUCUCAUGAGAUAGAUGCAGAGAGAAUGCUGUUUUAGUCAGCAGGUGCCAACUGAAAGUCGCCUUUUUGAAAUCUUGGCCCUUGCAUCUGUCCGUGGAACCAGCCCUGUGCCCCGUGACCUCACAUCUAACUGGAGAGCUCCGAGCUCCUGCAUCUGCUCGCCUGAGCCAACAGACUGAGUGGCCUGGCGCCCGGCUGUCAGUCAGAUCUUGCUCCUCCCAGGACCCAGAGCCACGUGGGGGCGAUGCUCAGGUGUGCCCCGCUGCCACCACAGCUGACAAGUCACCUCCUGUAUCUGGGCCGGAGCUAUGAGCUCCACAAAAUGAAGUGUUCCACCCCCAACGCAUUCUUGAGAAGAAUCCAGAAAGGAAUGUCCUGUGAGCUCCAAGAACACUUUCCUGUGAAUGGGUUUUGUGCAGAUGAAGUGGAUUGAGAAUGUGUUUUUCUUUUACUGUGAAAAAAAGCAGGCCCCCCCGCAAGGUUGCAUUCACCUAGGGCGCUGCGAUUGCUAGGAAGUGAGUGGGGGUGGGGAAUGCCUCUCCAGGGCCUGAGGCUCUAAGAAGGCUUGAAGACAGCAUGACCACUAGCCGGUGCUGACUGCCCACCGGGGUGGGGACUGGAAAGGCUGGCUUCGCCCCUGGGUGGGGCUGGUACCUCCAGAAGAGUCUGUCUGCCAAGAGCAACACCUGCUAGGGCAGCAGCCACCUCAACUGAAGGGACCGGAUGGGACACUCCCCUGGCAAACACACCCUCAGCCAUGGCCCAGGUGUGCAGUGUCAGCCCCACACCUGGAAUUCAUAGAAAUGCCCCAGCCCUGGAUCCCUGGGUGGGGCCCAAGCUGGGGGAGUGGGAGAAAGGGGAAAGGGACACCUAUCUGCCCAGGAGACUCUUAAACUUCUAUAGGGAAGAGUGGGGCCGAAUGGAACCCACCUGUCCCGUAACAUACCUGGGCAGGUAGCAUCUGUGGGUUUUGUGUAAGCUCUUAAACAAAGGCUCUUAUUUCUCAUGUCCUUUCCUCUUCGUCCCGUGAGCCAGCCCAGGACUCUAGAGACAACAUGGGAAGUCUGAAGGGUCACAUAGCAUCUCUGGUGUUUCCUCCACGGCAGGCUCCAUGCAAGGUAUUUGACUCACGACACCCUUGUGAGGUGGGCAGGACAGCGCCUACUUCUCGGCUGUGGGAAACUUCAGAGAGGACAGUUGCCUUGCACAGCCGGGCUUCAGACCCUUUGCCUGGCUUGCUCUUCUCACUGUACCUCCCUGCCUCACCAUCCAGUGUACUUUAAAUGUAAAAGGGCAUGGGAGAGUGAGUUUAAAGUGUGUUAUCUUUUUGUAAAAGAACAUUAAUGUUAUUAAGCAAUAACUAAACUAAUGACAUGAAGUGCAAAAAAACAAACAAAAAACCUAGGUUGACUCCCCUUUUGAAAAAGUCCUUUCAGGUUUGUCAUUACAUGUAUUUUGUGGACACGUGUAGUCAUCAUUAAGAAAAUAGUGCUGGCUCAUGCUGAGCACGGAGCAUGUAGGUACGUGGCUUUGGGGGUAGGAGGUAUAAGGUGAUGAGUGGGGUUUGGGACACACAGCCAGACUUAGCUGUCCACCUGAGGGCCACUCUGUCUUGUUCCCUCGCUAAGGCUGUGGCUCCCACAUUUUGGAGGCACAUUUUUGUGAAUAUUAUCCGAGUUGGGAACACGUUCAGUUGAAUGUCUGAAACGCUGACAAAUCUUCCGGCUUUGACAAAAGUUUAUUUUCAGAAGAAGCUAAAUCCUUUAGAGUAAAAUUGCUGAGUGGAUAGCUUCAUCAAAGCUGGCUGGCAGCAUUGGGGUCAGAAAUGACGAUGGGAUUAUUAAGUUCUUGAGGAGGUGACUGUGAAAGUUGGCCCAGAGGGAGGCAGCCUCUUUUCAUUACAAGGCUGGAUGGCUGCCCAAGAAAAUGUCUUUGAAGGGUAUCUAUUCAGAUGGGAGCGUGCCCAGGGCAGACACGGUAGGGCCUUGCACGUGGCCUUUGGGGACCUCUAUUAAGCCAUCUUGCCCACUGGUGAAGGGCCCAGGUCCCUGAAGCUCUAUGAACUUUGCUUCUGGCUUAGUUUAGCCUAACACACCCACAACUUGGGUUUGACCCAUAGUUCUAAGAUUCUUACAUUGAUCUUAAACCUAAAGCAAGUCUUUGGAAAGAGGAAGAAUUGCAGUCUUUUGCAUCUUAUUUAACAUUACCCUACUGUCAGAGGUGUUUGUUUGUUUUUUGGUGUGUGUGUAUGUGAAAACUUUUGCGGAGGUUAGAAGGGACAUUUUAUUUCACUCUGAGGUUCUUGUGUUUGGGUUUGAAAAAGGAUACUCGGUUCUGUAGAGUUGGCUUUUACAGUGUGUGUUCUUUUCUCCAAUCCCCAGAGAAGGAAACUCUGGUUAAAAUACUAGGAGCAUUAAAGUAUUAAGUGGCAGUUAAUCCAGUGUGCUAAAAUAUCUUUUCAGUAGUGUUAAAAUCCAUCUUCUUUGGUGUAAACUGCUCACAGAAAAACCUGUGAAGCCAAAGGGACAGUGUGGGUCUGAAAAGAGACAGAUCUUAGACUGGCUCUGUCUCCUGGGUAUCUGUGAAGAGGAUGCAUUAGAUCUGGCUUUAUCGUUGUUUUGGGGGCACAUCUAAGGCAUUAGAGGCAGAAUGAUUGGGUAGGAAGGAUGGGACCACCCAGGGAAGGGAUGGAUGCAGUCUGCCUGCGAAACUAACCCACUUAUCUUCCUCCAUUGCCUUGGUUACAAAAAAGGUUUUUCAACAUGGGUUGUUGUGGGGUUUUUUAAUGUUUGUGUUGCUGGAUUUGUGGUGAAAUGAAGCAUGUGGCUGGAAUCGGAACUGUUUGAGUCACAUCCUGGAUCUCUCUUUGCAAACCUUGACACCUUAGUCCCCAGUGGAUUGUGUUAAAUCCAUUAUGAGGAUGUUAUUUAAAAUUGUAUUAUAACUGCAACCUCCACUAAUUAUUCAGUACUGUAGCAGCAAAGUAUUAUUUGUAAGAAUUCGGUUAUUUUUAUACUUAUACCCACUAUAAGUCUGGCGUUCUAGUCAGUAAAAUGAUGCAAUAAAAUAAAUAUCAUUUUCA